AUGUUUAUAUGUUAUUCACAUUUUUUAAUUCUUUUGUUAUUUUUUCACAACAUUUCCUCCUCAAAAGCUCUCAAAAGUGGAUUUCGUGUGGAACUGAUACACCGUGAUUCACCAAAAUCACCCUUCUAUCGUCCCACAGAAACUCAUUUCCAACGAGUUCAAAAUGCCGUUUUUCGUUCCAUUCAUCGUGCUAAUUACCUGACACUAGAUUCCUUGCAUGAUGUUGAGACCACUGUAAUACCAACUCCAGGAGAAUACCUGAUGAACUAUUCAGUUGGAACUCCACCUUUCCAAAUCCUUGGUCUAGUUGAUACUGGCUCCAGCACCAUUUGGAUGCAAUGUCAACCUUGUAAGAACUGUUACAAACAAAGCAGACCCAUAUUCGAUCCUUCCAUUUCAAGCACUUACAGCAGUAUCCCUUGUGUUGCUGCUGAAUGUCUCACUGAGAAAACUUCCUUUUGCAAGUUUAACAAUGGGAAGCACUGUGCAUAUAAGGCCACCUAUGGUGAUAAUUCAACUACAGAAGGAGAUUUAAUCUGGGACACCAUUACUUUAACUUCCAGUAGUGAAGAUAAACCUGUAGCAUUGCCCAAAACUGUGAUUGGAUGUGGACAUAACAAUGUUGGAAUCUUUGGUGAGCAAAACUCUGGCAUAGUUGGCCUUGGAAAUGGACCUUACUCUCUUGCAACUCAGUUAAGACCUAAAACCGGUGGAACGUUUUCCUAUUGUUUCACGCCAAUGUAUGAAGGAGACAGAAAACCUAGCUAUCUCCAUUUUGGAGAUCGUGGUGAGGUUUCUGUUAAAUCUGCAGUUCCAACCCCUAUAGUCAUGAACAAUGCAAUGCCAUUCGGGUACUACUUGGUGAUGGAAGCGAUCAGUGUGGGAAGCAAGAGAAUAGAGUUUCCGAGAAAUGGUGAAGAAGGAAACAUCAUACUUGACUCAGGGACGGUACUAACGUUUUUGCCAGACGAGGUUUAUUCAAAAUUGGAAGCAGAAAUGGUGAAUGCAGUUAAUUUAGUACGCACCGAUGAUCCAUCGAAAGUAUUGAAAUUGUGCUACGAAAUUAGAUCUGGUCAGCAAUAUCAGAUACCAACAGUGUUUGCACAUUUUAAAGGUGGUGCAGUUGUGGAAUUGCAUUCGAUCAACACCUUUGUGAAGAUGACUGAAACUGUAAUAUGUUUGGCUUUUAGUCCAGAUUCAACUGCCAUCUUUGGGAAUUUGGCACAACAAGACAUCUUGGUCGGCUAUGACACACAACAUAAUACAGUGACCUUUUUGAACACUGAUUGUACCUCGGAGUUAUAG